GGUUCAAAGGGAAAUCAUUUAUGGGAGUUUGUUAGAGAUUUACUCAAAGACAGUUCUGUUAAUCCAUCAUAUUUAAAAUGGGAGGACAAAUCUACUGGAGUGUUCCGAUUUGUCAACUCGGAAGCCAUAGCGAGAUUAUGGGGAAAGAAGAAAAACAACAAACAAAUGACUUACGAAAAGCUGAGUCGGGCCAUGAGGCUUUCUUUUAUGUACUUCUUUAUCGGACUGGAAGAUGGAAAAUUCCCAAAGAAGUUAUGUUUCAAGUUUGGUCCCAAAGCACACGGAUGGCAAGAGUAG